CCUCGGCCAGAAUUAAAAUUCACAAAAACCCUUGAAAACUGGUUUUUCGGGAGAAAAACCCAUCAUUUGUUGGCAAUUCAAUUCCUUCUUUCCUUUGGGGUUCUGGUCUCUGGAAGAACAGCUUGGCUUCUGCUAUCAAAUCAAUUAUCGGCCUACAAAAACAAACCUGGUUUGAUGUAAAGGCAGGAGAUUUUCAGCGUUCGAUUCUAAUUAGCCUCCAUGUUGAGUGCCUCUUCGUCUUCCGCUGUCUUCCGUCGCUUCUUUCUUCCACCCUCAACCUCUCAAAAUAAGGGCUUCAGCAGACCCCCAACCCUCCGUCCUAUUUCUCGGCCGUUUCGGAUCUUGGAAUCGAAGUCAGCAAAGAACAAAUUGAGGAUCUUAUGCUUUAGGCACGAACAUCAUUCUCCAGAACCCCCAAAACCUGAAGUUAUAAGCCAUUAUCUUCCCGAGGAGUUGGUUCAAUCUGAAUUUAGUCAUUCAAGUGUCACCGAAAGAAACUGGGAUGCGGGCCUUCAGAAGUCUGCCAGUACAGUAUUGACAAUAUUUGGCAAACAAUGGGUUGUACCGUGGGCUGCAGGUACCAUAUUACAAGUUAUGCUUCUUUGGACAGCAACAUUUUGGUUUAUAGGCUCUUGGAUGAUUCCUUGUGCGGCUCAUAUAGCUGGUUUUAACAAGGAAUCAUUAACAUUUAGAGGACAGGCACUAUUUAGCCUUGUUACUGAUGUAACUGAAGGACUAGCAGGCAUAGCAAUUCUUCGGCUCUGCCUAUCUCGGUAUCGUCCCCUUCCGCCUGAUUGGUUUAGGUUUAAUCUGAAAGGGAAAUGGCAGUUGGAUGUCAUCUUGGGAUGUUUUAUGUUUCCCCUGGUCAAUCGUCUCUCACAGUUCAACCUGGACCUCCUACCUCUUUUGCCUUCAACGCCUGUUACGCUUUCAAGUGUUGAGCAGUCAAUAAUGGCAAGGGAUCCCGUGGCAAUGGGAUUAUAUGCGAUAGUGGUAUCAAUCUGUGCCCCUGUAUGGGAAGAAAUAGUUUUCCGUGGUUUUCUACUUCCAUCACUUACCAAAUACAUGCCUGUGUGGUGCGCAAUAUUGGUUAGUUCAGUUGCCUUUGCUCUUGCGCAUUUCAAUUUACAGAGGAUGCUGCCACUUAUAUUUCUUGGUAUGGUGAUGGGGGUGAUAUUUACCCGAUCGAGGAAUUUAUUACCGUCCAUGCUCUUGCACAGUCUGUGGAAUAGCUUUGUCUUCUUGGACCUCAUGAAAUAGAGCUUCCAUUAAAGCCAUAAUAGUUUAGCAAGUGAUGAGUGGUGAACCGAAUUCAUAUGUAUCAUUUGCUCAUUGUCUUCCUAUGAUUAAAAUUAGUGUCAGGUACUCGAUCUCGGGGUCCUCCAAGCGCCAUUAAGAGGAACUGAGGAUGAUACCUAACGAUUGCAUGUUGUUCAUAUUAUUGGUGAAUAGGAGGCAAUAAUGUAAGCCUGAAAAUGUGAAACAGUUCAUUGUGGAUAACGAAAACAUGCUGUGGGGCUGUUGUGUAUGUGUUCAUCCCACUUAAUCAAUAGAGCAUAUUUCAACGAGGUUAUUCAACUUCUGA